UAUCACGGCCUGAAAGAGCUGAACAUAUCAGAACUAAGCAAUGCUCCUUACACUAGAUCCACUCCAAAUCAGACCGUUUAACCGCUACCCAAUUCAAUUUUCCCGCCAUGAACACCCAACAAACCUCCAAUUCUUCCUCAAAACCCCCAAAAAUCCCAUUAAACCCUACCCAAUUAUAACAUCAGCAUCAAAAUCCCAACCAACCAAAACCCAGGAGCAAGACAGUGGAAUCCCAAUUGAAGACGUAAAAAUGAUAGCAAAAUUCAAAUCAAGACACAAUUACAUUCGUAUCCUCGAAAUCUCCCGGAAAGCCGAUCACCCAUUUGCUGGGUCACGACUCCUCCUCCUAGACUCCCCCGGAAACAUCCACAGCGUUUUUUACCGGUAUAAACUCCUCACCAACACUUAUUACGACGUGUUCGCCACUCUGCCGCCUCUUCUACCGCCCGGACCCAUCGCAAUUCUCGGGUUCGGAGCUGGCUCCGCCGCCCGGAUAAUACUAGAGCUUUACCCGGACGUGGGUAUCCACGGAUGGGAGCUUGACCCGUCUGUUAUUUCAGUUGGGAGAAAGUAUUUUGGUCUUGACAAGCUUGAAAAAGACCAUUCUAACAGGCUUUUUAUUUACAUUGACAAUGCAUUGGAUUUGAAAUGUAAUGUUAAAGAAAAGUUUUCAGGGAUAAUUGUUGAUCUUUUUAGUAAAGGUAGUGUGAUACCUGAGCUUCAAGAUCCUAAUACAUGGGUGGAGUUGAGGAAGUGUUUGAGGAAAGACGGGAGGAUUAUGAUUAAUGUCGGAGGGCGGUGCGUCGAACCGGAGGAUAAGAGACGAGAUGGGGAUGUUGUAAUGGAGGAGACGUUGAAAGCAAUGGGUAGUGUUUUUGAUGAUGUUUUUGUUUUGAAUGUUGGGUGUAGACAAGAUGACAGCUCUGUUGCUCUUACCGGUAAAUUGCCUGAUCUUGAUUCUUGGAGGAAGUUGCUUCCGAAGUCUUUGAGGUUUUAUGUUGAUUUGUGGAGGCCUUUUAGGAGUUAGUUGGGCAGGUUUUUGGUUAUUGUUUGUGAAAUUGUAUUGAUGCUGUUUAUCUGUUUGUGUUUAUUCCUCAAUGAAUCAAUAUUUGACUUUUUUUUUGUCAUCCAGUUCUUGCUUUUUGAGUGGAAAAUUUUGUAUUUUUUGCUGUUUA